UUCUUCAUAAAUGGGAGACAAUAUUCACUAAAUUAGCCUAGCUAAAGCUAAUUACAUAUAUACACAAAUACAAAGAGUAAAGAGGAAUAUUUGAUAAGAGAUAAUAUUAUUAUUAUGGCUAUAGCACAAGAUAUUUUGCCAUGCAUAGCCAUGGUGAUAAUAGAAAUGUGUACAAUUUUCUUGACUAUAAUGGCAAGUACAUCCAUGUCAAGAUUAGGGAUGAGUUCUUAUGUUUUUGUGGUUUAUACAAAUGCUCUUAGCUCAAUUAUUCUUCUUCCUUGUUCAUAUUUCUAUCAUAGAAGAGACAAGAUACAAGCUUCAUUGUUUACUUUCCCAAUACUUAUCCGUGUAUUUAUCCUUGGUUUAGUAGGGGUUACAAUAGCUCAGAACCUUGCAUUUGCUGGACUAAGUUACAGUUCACCAAUUGUAGCCUGUGGCAUGGCCAACAUGGUCCCAGCUUUAACUUUUAUUCUUGCUAUAUUUCUCAGGAAAAUAAGAAUUGAUGUGAAGAGCCAAGGAAGCCAAGCAAGAAUGAUUGGAACUCUAAUAUCAAUAAUUGGUGGCUUGUUAAUGACUUACUACAAAGGUGGAGUGGUGAAGCAAUAUUCCCCAACUUUUCUUCACCUAGCCAACCCACACCUCCUUGUUUUCACUUCAACACGUGAGAAUUGGGUUCUUGGUUGCUUCUUAUUUGCUUCAGCUUCUUUAGCCCUUUGUAUAUGGAAUAUUAUUCAGGUUGGAACUAUUAGAAAGUACCCACAUGUGAUGAAAUUAGUAUUUCUAUAUACUUUAUUUGGGACGAUACAAUCAGCAAUAUUUGCUUUGGUGAUGGAAAAAGAUCUUAAUGCUUGGAAACUCGAGCUGAACAUGGAGCUUCUUGUCAUUGUUUUAACAGCAAUUUUUGGCAGUUUAAUACGUAGCAGUGUUCAAAUGUGGUGCAUGCGUUUGAAGGGAUCUUCUUUUCCUCUAUUUUUCAAGCCAGUAGGAAUUCCAACAGCUAGUGCUUGUGGCUGUUUACUUUUUGCUGAUACUUUUCACUAUGGAAGUAUGUUGAGUGCAAUUAUAUGUGGAAUGGGUUAUUUCACUACACUAUGGGGACAACUCAAAGAUGAUGAAACAAGUAAAAACAUUAAGGGUAGCAUAUUACCAACUACUUCUGAUGAGAAAGUUCCACUUUUGGAAGAAAGAGAAGAAGACGAAGACGAAGAAGUCGAAGGAGGUUUAAAAGUGUAAGAUAUGGAAAUUUAUUAAGAUGAUGAAGAUAAAUGUAAGUGUUUGCUAGGAAUUUUAAAAUUAGUUGUAUAUAUGUGUUGGAAGGAGGUAUUUUUUUCAAGCCUUCCAAUGCAAGUUGAACAAUGAAAUUGUUGUUCAACUUAUAUUGAUUUUCUCUCUAGGUAGCUAUAGAGGUUAACGUACGUACGUAUGAACUAUGUUCGUAUGUACGUACGUACGCGCUCUUGUUAAUAUGUUUGAUUGAGAAAUUUGGUGUAUGUUGUUUCAGUUUACCUCAUUUGUAAAUAGUGAGCAUUGGUUUUGAUGAGAUGAAUAUUACGAGUUUGUGAUUGUAUAUAUAUAUAAGACUGCAUUGUGCUCCCACAUUUUGAUA